CUUUGCCAGAUCCUUCGCCCCGCUCGUCGUGACUUUCGCUGCCUACACUCAAAACGCUCCACACCGAGCCACCUGAUAUACCUUACGUGAACAACUCAGCGUUACAUCAGAAUGGCCUCCAAGACCUUCUACGCCGUCAUCGCCGGAGUCGGCGCCGGCACGGGCCGGUCGGUGGCGCUGCGCUUCUCCAAGUCGUACCCGGUGGUGCUGCUCGCGCGCAAGCCCGAGAGCUACAACGACGUCGUGGCCGAGAUCAAGGCGGCCGGCGGCGAGGCCAUUGGGAUCAGCGCCGACACGGCCGACCCGGCCGCCGUGGCCGCGGCCUUUGCCACCAUCAAGAAAGAGUUCCCCGACAAGAAGCUGGCGGCCGCUAUUUACAAUGUUGGUGCCGGCCGAGCUAUCAAGCCGUUCCUUGAGCUCGAGCCCAAGGAUUUCGACGAUAGUCUUGCCGGCAACGCACGGGGCCUGUUCAACUUCGCGAAGAACACGCUGCCGCAGCUCGAGGCGUCCGUAAGCGACGCGCCGCACCCGCCGUCGCUGAUCAUCACAGGGGCGACGGCGUCGGUGCGGGGUUCGGCGCGCUUCGCGGUAUUCGCGGCGGGCAAGUUCGCCGUGCGAGCGCUGGGCCAGUCGCUGGCCCGCGAGUACGGGCCCAAGGGCGUCCAUGUCAGCCACGUCAUCGUCGACGGCGUCAUCGAUAUCCCCCGGACCCAGGGCUACACUGUCAACGACGGCAAGCCCGACGGGAAGAUCAGUGCCGAUGCGAUUGCCGACAGUUACUGGCACCUCCACACGCAACACCGUUCUGGGUUCACCCAAGAGCUCGACUUGCGACCGUAUGUGGAGAAGUUCUGAGUAACGUUGCCAUGUUUGUUAUGGACAAAUGCGGCAUGGCCUGUUUUUGAAUUUAUGUACAAUAGGCAAAUCAUUCUGUUUGUAUAUCAUUCUCGUCAUGUCCCCUGUCCCAGUAAAUGUGAUGAUGAUGAUGAUGUCAACAUACAACCAUGCCU